AUGCAAGUAUUGCAAAAUAGUAUGCCGCAAUUUCUUGACGAUGCGGCAUAUCACAAUGCCCACAGCGAUAGUGAUAACAACAACAACUCAAGCAAUCGCAGUCUCGCGAACUCGCAAGGCGGCACAACCGAGCGACGCGUAAGGCGGCGUAUCAGCAGAGCCUGCGAUCACUGCAACGCCUCGAGGCGGAAAUGCGAUGGGAAGCGCCCAUGCGGUCAUUGUCUGCAUACCAGCAGCUUGUGCGAAUAUAAGCGUCAGGUAAGGAAGAGGGGUAAAGCAUCAAGCGCUCAGUCGAAGCAGCAGCAGCAGCAACAACAACAACAACAACCUACUGUACAAGAAGAGACCACCGAGCGUAUCCGAGUCGCAGCGAACGAGGAUUUCAGUCUGGCGACAUGUGAACAGGACAAUCCCGGCCUCGCGCCGACGACUAGCCAAGGCUUGCCGCUCUCGCAAUUAGAGGAUUACCAGAUAUUCAAUUUGGACUCCGGCUGGACCUUUGAAGACUUUGGGGAAGUUAUUUUUCAACCUCCGCCGGUGACUCAGGACAACGAUGCCGACAUUCGGACAAGGUCUAGAGGCUCGGCGGCAGAAUCUCUCGGCUCAAUAUCCAGACUUCCAAGAACGCAAAGGCCUCGUGCAAAUACGCCGGAUGUGUAUGGCGUUCAUUCAUUCGAAGCUAUGGACGAAGAUUCCGGGGGUGCCACCACGGCGGCUGAUUUGCCCUCGCCAACUAACCUUCUGAGCAUCAGCAGGUCUGGUAUGUUGGGUCCGAGUGAGGCAGCGGCAAUGGAGCAAAGGAAGCCUCAUUCUAUUCCUCGGUCUGCUAUCGAAAGGUCUCAGAGAAGUGGUGCCGGUGGUUUUCGAUAUCCAGUCUUGCAAGAUAUAAUCCCAUUUUUGCGCCCUCUGAUGCCUGAUUCUCUGGCAUACGACCUCUUAGAAGCUUAUUUUAGAGUAAAUCCUAUCACAAAUGCACAAUUGACCCCCUGUGCACCUUUUGUAUUUCGCAGACAAUCCUUCCUCCGCCAUGAACAACCCCGUCGCAGCACUCGAGCUUUACUUGCUAGUAUGCUCUGGCUUAGUGCGCAGACGGCAGACAUUCCAAUUCUCAACGCUAGCAUUGCGAGACGGAAGUAUGUGCGGCGGAAGCUGCUUGAGUUGACAACGAAUCUAUUGAAGCCGCUGAACGAGUUCUCGCUUGGCAGUGGCUUUCCGCAAAGUGCAAGAUCGUCUUCCGCUCAAGAUCGACCGUUAGAGGAGUUCAGUUCGCAUGGUGAUAUGAGCGACAGCGUAGACGAGAUUAUGGCCUAUGUUCACUUGGCUAUGGUUACGUCUGCUAGUGAAUUCAAAGGUGCAAGCUUGAGAUGGUGGAACGUUGCAUUCUCUUUAGCCCACGAGGCCAAAUUACACCAGGAAAUCCCCUUCAAUGGUAUGAGCGAUGCCGAAGGCUACGAUACUGACUCACCCUAUCCCCCCGAAUCCAGUCUUGGAGGGUCGCAGGAUUUCACACAUGCGCUCGAUGAGGAAAGAAAAGAGGAGCGUCAUAGAGUAUGGUGGUUUCUGUAUACUAUGGACAGACACCUCUCAUUCUCUUACAAUAAGCCCCUCUGCCUGUUGGACUCUGAAUGUCAGAAUCUCAAUCGCCCGUGCGACGAUACAAUCUGGCAGAGCGACCACGCUUACGAUCCAUCAGAAGCACAACCACUAGGCAAAGGGCCAUGGUUCGAAUGCACCGGUCCAACAUUCUUUGGGUUCUUCACGCCUCUCAUGGCCCUUCUCGGAGAAAUCGUCUACUUCGUGCAAGCUCAGAACCAUCCUCGCUUCGGCGUGUCUCAAAGCACUCUUCUCGAUUGGAAAAACUGGGAGAAGGGCAUUGAAGACCGUCUCAAGCUCUACCAACAGGGGCUAGAAGCGCUCCUAGGACCGCGAGACGACGCCGAACAAGGCAGCGCCGACUUCCAAGCCAGAAGAAACCUUGGAUCCAUCUCGAACCCAAGAAGAACACCAUCCAGCCCGGCCGCUGCUGCCGUGGCACCUGUCCAAAGUCGUAUUGCGUAUGCCUACAGCAAAAUCAUCCUGCACGUCCUCUUCAUCCUGCUAAUGGGGAAGUGGGAUCCGCACACUCUGCUCAACGUCUCCAACAGCUGGCUAUCUUCGGCCUCGUUCCGGAGAGCCAUCGCCCACGCAGUUGACGCCGCCAGCAGUGCCGAGCUGCUGCUCGACCUUGAUCCAGACGCACACUUUAUGCCGUUCUUCAUCGGCAUAUAUUUGUUUCAUGGCAGCAUGCUGAUACUGCUGGUUGCGGAUCGGGUCGGCCAUGAUGCUGCUCCAGCGAUUGUCCACGCUGCGGAUACAAUGGUUCGCGUACAGGAGACAGGCGCCAUUCGCAUGCCAGCUGAGUAUCAGACUCUCUUCGUCUCUGUGCUGCGAACGGCGCUGAUGGAGAUGCAAGGCCGCACGCUUUUUGUCUCGGACGAUUCUUCCUCGAGGAGGAGGCAGGUGUUGAGACAGUACAGGUGGACAGUCGAGGGACGAGGGCUGGCUUGCUAG